AUGAGUAUUACUGAAACCGAAGGCAACGUAACGGAGGUCGAAAAGAAACGUAAACAACGAGUAAAACGUAAACCGAAACCGAAACCGAAACCAGCGAAGAAGAAAGAAGAAUUGGUCAAUCUAGAAGAUUCGUCAGACGAUGAACCACUCAUAGCGAUACAGAGAAGAUAUCUAAAAGAAACACAGAAAGUUUUUCCAACGGAAAUCAAUAAAAAAGAAAUGACAAACGUCAAUAAAAAGCGUUUUACUUGCAAUAUAUGUAAUAAAUAUUGCUAUACGUAUCAGAAUUAUAACCAUCAUAUCAGCCUCCACUCCGCUAAAGAUUACAAGAAAUGCAUAAAAUGUUCCAAAGUUUUCAAAAGCAAAGAACAAUUGACUCAGCAUAUAAAUAAUGAUCAUUCAACAUCAAAACUCACCGAGACUUUGAAAAACUUGCUUGAAAAGAGGAAAAAAGGUCAGAAAUUAACCGAUGACCUGCCCAUGUCAGAAAGAUUUAGACGGACAAUCAAAAAAGCUGACAGUGUCCCAUCAGACUCAUUUGCAACAAUAUCAACGGUAGAUACAGGAUUAUCGGUCAAAAAUUUCCUUGAAAACUUUACACCGGAACCAGUUUCAAAAGCCGUUCCAGAGAUAGAUCAUACGGUCUCUUUGAAAGAAGUUGUGGGACCAAUAAGAGAACCGGCAAUAAAAAUGACUCGUUUUGAACCGAAACCGAUGCCUCAGUCAACCAAACUGCAAAUGCCUACUCGCUUCAAAGAAUGUUUUUUAGAAAGAGCUUCAGCUAUCAUCAAAGUAGUCCAGACACCGGUAACUUACGAUGAAGUUACACAGACUGAUGAUUAUGAUUACACAGAGGCUGUUGAAGAACAGCAAGAGAAGAAUGAAGCUAUUCCAGAAGUCGCUGAAGAGAUUAUGCUGGAAGGAUCUGAGGAUACUUCCAAACUAGCACAGAUUCCUCACAGAAUUGUCAUACCCAAUCUUCCAAUUGAAUUCAAGGAUAUAAGAAUAGCGCAUCUCUUGCCACAAGCUCCCUACUACAAGAUUGUUAAAGUCAAUGAUGUUUUACAAAUACAAGGUGAAGAACAUUCUGAACCGGAGGCACCUCAACCGAAAUCUGGUACUAUCAAUCUACCAGAUGGCACGAAAUUCGUUAAUACAAACCCCUUAGCACAUUUGCUGGGUGAAAUGAGUGUGGAGAAAGUUCUUGAGCCGAUCAAGAAUAAGUAUUAUAAGCCGAAACCGAAGAAUUUUCAAGGUAUGUUGGCUGAGGCUUUGUCGAAUCUUGAUAAACCGCCGGUUAGACGGAGACGAAGGAAACUUAAACCUGAUGUUAGCUUGAAUUUGAAUUAA